AUGAGGACCACAAAGAUUUUGUACCCGCUAGAUGAUAGCUUUUCUUCGACGAGUAAAAGAAAACUAAAAGAAUCAUGGAGAAAUAUCCAAAAAACAUUGAAUGCCCUUAAAGAAGGAGAAGAUACCACUUAUGACCAACUUUUUAGUAACUUGGGUAUACCAGAAGAAUCUUAUAUUUUGGCAAUUAGAUCAUCUCUGAAUUGUCCAACCAUAUUCUUGAAACGAAAGCCAAAUGAACUAAGGGUCAAUAACUAUAAUCCUGCCUGUUUAAGUGCUUGGAGAGCUAAUAUGGAUGUCCAGUUUAUACUUGAUGUAUAUGCAUGUGAGUCAUGUGCCAUGUACAUAGUGUCCUAUAUCUCGAAAGCUCAAAAAGGAAUGAGUGAAUUGUUGCGAAAAGCUUGUGCUGAAGCUGAAGAAGGAAAUUCAAACAUUAAACAACAAGUAAGAGACAUUGGAAAUAAAUUCUUAAAUACUGUUGAAAUUAGUGCCCAAGAAGCAGUUUACAUAAUUUAGCAAUUGCCAAUGAGAAAAUCGUCUCUACAGGUAGUAUUUAUUAAUACAUCACCUGAUGAAAGAGUUCAGCUUUUAAAACCAUUGAGUGAGAUUGAAGAAAUGCCAGAUGAAAGUGAAGAAAUUCAUUCAGGUGGAAUGUUAAAACGAUAUAUUGAACGACCUUCAAGUCUUCAGAAUGUUACAUUGGCUGACUGGGAAGCAUGGUAUGAUUCAUAUAAAAAAUCUUAUAGUAAGAAUAUAAAAAAGUUAGACGUUGAUCAACUACCACUAGAAACUGCUGACGAUGAUUUGUGCGAUGAUAGCGAAAAAGAAACAAACAAAAUAAAAAGACGAUUAAAAGCCAGAAUUAUUAGAAGUCCCUGGUUUAGCAGGAAAUCUGACCGUGAGAAACAUCGUGAACUGAUUAUGCUUUUUACACCAUGGAGGAAUGAAGAAACAGAUUUAAUGGGAAAAUAUUCAUCCGAUAAGGAACAUUACCUCGCAUUAUCAGAUCAAAUCGCUGAGUAG